UGAUUUAUAGAACAAAAACGAACAAAUUUUACCCUAUUGGAUUGUGUAUCUCGAUCUUCAUACGAUGCCCUCAUUUUCCUUUGGUAAAUUGCUACAAUAAAAUGAGUUUCGGGACGAUUUCUAAUAUAAAAACUUGAGAGGAUAUUUUUUCUAGAGUGAUAUCGAGAGUGAAUUAUUAUAAAUUCGUACUCGUAAAGAUGGUAACGGAAUAUCAAGCCCCGUAGUCAAUUCAUGUGGAUGGUGUGGGAAAUAAUAAAACAGGGAUUGGAUCAUAAAAAUGAAAAUGGGUUUGGUUUUGUACUUUUCCAGUGAUGUUAGAUUUUGUAGAACGGUUGCGACAACUCAAAAAGUGAGAUCAGCCUUACAUCAUUAGAAAUUAGAAAUUAGAAAUUAAAAAUUAAAGAUUAAAAAAAAAACGUUAUUAGGAAGUAGGAACCAAACACACGAGAGACGCGUUCUUUCUCUCUCAUCAGGAAAAAAAAAAAAGGAAAAAAGAAAUAAGAAGAAAGGAGAGAAGAAUGAAUGAAUGAAUGAAUGAAUGAAUAAUUCCCUAAAAACCCCACAAAAAUUUAACGCGGUUUCUCGUUCAAAGUCUCCUCUCUCUCAUCCUCCUUUCUCAAUUUGACCCGCCUUUUUUUUUUCUUCUCAAUUCAUCCUUUGAUCGUCACAUAUCUUAGAGAAAAAAACACAGCCAAUCUAUGUGGUUUUUUUGACCCUUUUGAAAGGGAUUAAAUUGCAAUUUAAUCGAAUUUGAAAUGGGGUGUUGCACUAGUAAGAGCGCUGAUUCCAAAGCCACACGCGCCGCUCGGUGGCGCUCCACCGGCAUCGUCGCCUUGCGCGACUCUAAAUUAAAGACAUUUCCAGAUGAUAUUCUCGAUUUGGAAAGAUCGGUGCGGACGCUUGAUUUGACGCACAACAAGUUAGUUGAAAUCCCGAUGGAGAUCAGCAAAUUGAUUAACUUACAGCGGUUGAUUUUAGCCGAUAAUAUUAUUGAUCGUCUUCCAAUGAACUUGGGGAAGCUUCAGUCUUUAAAAGCUAUGACACUUGAUGGAAAUCGAGUUAGUACACUGCCCGAUGAAUUGGGUCAGUUGGUUAAACUGGAGAGGCUAUCGAUAUCUGGAAAUCUGUUACUCAACCUACCCGAAACUAUAGGGAGCUUGCGCAAUUUGGUGCUGUUAAACGUGUCGAACAACAAAAUAAAGUCUCUUCCAGAGUCGAUCGGUAGUUGCUUCUCGUUGGAGGAAAUUCAAGCUAAUGAAAAUUCUAUCGAAGAGCUUCCAUCGUCGGUGUGCAAUUUGGUGCAUCUUAAGUCACUCUGCUUGGACAAUAACAACGUGAAGCAGAUACCUCCAAACUUAUUGAAAGAAUGCAAAAGUCUGCAGAAUAUAUCCCUCCAUGGCAAUCCCAUUUCUAUGGAUUAUUUUCAGCAGAUGGAAGGAUUUGAACAAUUUGAAGGUCGAAGAAAACGCAAGUUCGACAAGCAGAUCGAUUCCAAUGUGAUGAUUAACUCCAAAGGCCUCGAUGAGGGUGUUGAUCUCUGAAUCCUUUGCAAACUCCAUAUUUUUUUUGUGAAAUUUUAAUCUAUCAUGUGGGGUGGAGAAUGAAGACAUUGGGAUGUAAUUAAAUAGUGGAUUUGUUUUAGCCAAUGCUGCUGCAGAUUCACUUAUUGGCGUUACGAACAGUCACGUUUUUGAUUGUUUAAGAACUUGUAAUUCUUCUACAUUGUAAAUGUCGGUUUUCUCCGUUUACAGUAUUUUGUACUGAAUGAAACGAGUAGAGAUGGAAUCACAUCAUACUCAGUUGAAAUGUAAAUAAAAAGUAUUACAUAAGAGUCAUGAUCAUGUGCUUUGGAUUCUUUUUCGCCCAUUCCGAUCUGAAUAUUUUCGAUUUUGGAAUUAUAUUUUUUGGAGUAAAAAAAACUUUGUACCCUGAAA